UACCAGGUUGACAUACUUUAGAAGAAAUUUUUUUAAAUAUAUUUGGGACCCGUCAAAUUUUUGGGUCUUGAGCUACCCCUAAAAAUAGUUAUUGCUCAAAAAAAUUUUAAACCUAGUCUUUUAGUAUUAUAUACAACAAAUUAAAGGGGUAAGAUCAGGUUUUUUUAAAAAGUGUUGUUUUAAGAGUCACCCUACUGGGUAGGGAGUCAUAGGAGUCAUAGAUAGCUUCCAUAAUUGAGUUAGGAGUCAUUAAAAUUCACAGUGUUUUAGCAUUUAUAAUGUUUUUGCUAAACAAGUUUAGCAGAUUUUUUUAGAGUGAAGCACUUGCAUCAAUUUUGCAGCAGUAAAAGAUUUUAUACAGCCAUGUGUAUUCUAAAUAUUUUCGAGAAACAGAAAUCAGCGCUUCCGGAAACAACGUCUUCUGCUGCAGAGCCAAAAGUAGUAGUGCCACCGGCAUUACUCCCAUUGGAGAAAGAAUUGACGUGGAAUGACUUUAUGGCAUGGCGCCAAACUCACCUAGGGCCGAAAACAAGAAGGGCAUUUCAUUUUUGGAUCGGAAAUGGUGGGCGGGACUUGCCGACUUUUACCUGGCGAAGAGGGAAUGCUAGAGCCAGAAGGGGUGGCACUAGCAUUCAAAGGGGGAAUUCAGGGUUUGUGAUAAACAACUACUCGUAUUCGUAAA